UUGAAAAGUGUUUUCGAAGCGUUUGUUGAAGUUGUAAAAUGUCAAUUGGCAAGAACACCAAAUGGAAGAGGACAUCGGGGAUUCGGUUAUAUCGAAUUCAAUAAUAUUACUUCGCAAAAUGAGGCAAUUUCGGGCAUGAAUAUGUUCGAUUUGGGUGGACAAUUUUUAAGGGUAAGCUAGCUAUGUAUUAUUGUCGAAGUUGAAGAACAAUGCGAAGGGCCAUCGCAACCUCAACAACAACGUGUAAAAAUCUCAACUUCGCAACGAAAAAAGCUGAAAAAAGAGGCGCUCAACAAAUUGACAUUUGAGGAAAAGGUGAGAGUUUUUUUUGGAAUGGGAUUUUGGAAACAAAAAGAAGGAUUUUUGUGAAAACUUAAGGGAACCUUAAUUUAAACAAAUUUGGAUGGAAACCUAACUAAAUUAAGGGAGCCGAAAACCGAGCUAAAGAAAAAUGAAGUAUUUUCCAAGAAUAAUUUUUAGUUUUAUUUUGUUAAUUGUAAGGUCUAGGCUUACAAUUAGGCUUAGAGCUUGAAAUCAGAGGAAUUUUUCAAAAAUUGAGAAAUUUUGUGAAAACUGAAUUAGAGGAAGCCUAAAAGCUUGAGAAAAAUUAAAUAACCAAUUUUUAGUUCCCAAGUUUUAUGGCCUAAAUCUAGGCUCUGAACUUGGCCUCUAAUUUCUGAGCCUAACAAGGGAAGUGCAUGAGGUCAAGUUCUGAAAUUUUGAUGAAAUAUAUCGAAAUAUACCAAAUCGACCAUGCUGAUCACGAAUCCGAAGUCAAAAAUUGCCACAAAUGCCUGUGAACACUUUUCUGAAGCUCCAAAGUUAGAAUUGAGUUCUGGUUUUUGUCCAUUUUCACCAUGUUCCUGGGUGGAAAAUGAACUUUCAUAUUUCAAAUAAGGUUGUUCACCACAUUCGAAAACGUAUUCCCUUUUUAGUUUGUCAAAAAAUAUCAAAAACGAGCUGAAAACUGCAAUUUUCAGAAAAGUCCUGAAAAUACACACAAACACACGUAAACACACACGUUUUGUAAAGUUUUUUGUGCAUUUUUGAAAAUUACAGUUUUCAGCUGGUUUUUGAUAUUUUUUGACAAACUAAAAAGGGAAUACGUUUUCGAAUGUGGCGAACAACCUUAUUCGAUUUAUAAACGUUGAUUUUCCACCCAGGAAGAAGGUGAAAAUUGGCGAAAAAAAAACUCAAUUUCAACUUUGGAGCUCCAGAAAAGUGCUCACAUGCAUUUGUGGCAAUUUUUGACUUCGGAUUCGUGAUCAGCAUGGUCGAUUUGGUAUAUUUAGAUAUAUUUCAUCAAAAUUUCAGAACUUGACCUCAUGCACUUCCCUUGUAAGCCUCAAUAUUAAUAUAUGUUUUUUUCUGGAAAAUUUUUUUUUUCCAUCAAACAUAAGCCCAAAUAGGCGCAGGCUCGAAGCCUGCGCCUAACUUUUAAAAAAAGUUUCUUUUUUUUGGGAAAACUGAAUUUGGAUUAAAAACUUUUGCUUCCAAAAAUAAGCUUGGGAAAAUAAUUUGGAAUUUUUGAAAAUUUCAAAAUCCGAAUUCUAAAGUUCCCAAGUCCCCCCGCUCCCUAAGUAUCAAGUUUCUGAGUUCGCCAAUUUUCUAGUUUCCGAGUUCCCAAGUUUCCUAGGUCCCUCAGCUCCCUAGUCCUGAGUACGAGCUCCAUAGUGCCCAAGUUCACGAGUUCCCGAUCUCCCGAGUCAAAAAUUUCCCAAGUUUCCUCGGUCACACGUUCCAAAGCUCUCAGCCCCCGAGUUCUUGAGCUCCUACGUUCCCAAUAAAGGCUAGCUAGCUCUCAAACUCUCUAGCUCCCUAGUUUCCAAGUUCCCGAGUUCCCCAGGUCCUGAUCUUGAUUUCCUGAUUUCUCAAGUCCCGUAGUUCCGUCUCGAUAUCACUAGUUCCCAAGUACUAGCUUCGAAGUUUCCUAGAUCCCGGAAAAAUAAGUUCCUGAAUUCCCAAGUCCCCCAUAUAGCUCUAGUUCCAAAAAAAUUAUCCAACCUCAAUAUUACAUUUUUCAGAUGGCUCAAGUCUUAAAUCAACAAAAAGCAGCGCAAAACGAAAGAAUGGCAGAUCCCGUAACAUUUGGAGCACUCGAUGAACAUGUCGCCUGGAAAGAUCCAACAGCUGAAGAGCAAACUGAAGCAGAAAUGCUCGCAAUCAUGGGACCAGGAAGAGGUGGAGAUAAUGUGCAAAGUAUGGCAUUAGCUCUAAUUGAUGGAGGUGGCGCAUUAAUGUUGGCAAAUAAAAAGAAAGCCGAAGCUGCUGCAGCCGCAAUCAAUGAAACCAAGCAAAAGAAGCCGCGCAGACAAAAAGAGGCGAAGAAAAUCCAGCCAAAACUCAACUCCGCUGGUGCACUUGCGGCUGCCGCAAAAGCUGGAGAAAUGUCGGAUGCGUUGAAAAAUGAGGUGAUGAAUAGUGAAGAUGCGUCACUUGCGUCGCAAGAAGGUUUGGAAAUUCGAGGAAAUGAUGCGAGACAUUUGUUGAUGACGAAAUUGAUGAGAACUAAUCGAUCGUGUGUUUUGAUUUUUGAGAAAUAUGGUUGGACCGGAGGAUUUGGAUGAAUAUUUGGAAGGGGAAAUUCGAGAAGAAUGUGAGAAAUAUGGAAUUGUGAAUGAUGUGAGUUACUAGAGAAGAUUUAAGAAAAAUGUUUUUUCCCGAAAUGUCAAAAAAUGUUGAGAAAAUAUCUCAAAAAAUGUUUUUCUAACAUCGAAAAUUACGGAAAAGCAUGUUUGAAUGAUGCAUUGCAUAUUAAGAGAAGUGUUAAUAAUUUGGCUCAAAAGCAUUUCAUUGCUCAUAUUAGUGAAUUCACGAAAAGUUGAAAAAUGUCGAGAAAACUUGGUAGUCCAAAAUUAGUUUUUCCAGUUUCACAGUCAAAAAUGAUGACAAAUCGAGGUUUUUAAAUCUUCUACGGUGAUAUUUGAGCCUGGAAUCCACUUUUCAGAUGUUUUUGCUGAUUCGUCGACACAAACAUCUAAAAAGUGGAUUACAAGCUCAAAUAUCACCGUAGAAGCUUCAAAAACCUCGAUUUUCAUCAUUUUUAACUGAAAAACUCGAAAGACUAAUUUUGGCCUACCAUAUUUUCUGAACAUUUUUUUUACUUUUCGUGAAUUCACUAAUAUGAGCAAUGCAAUGCUUUUUGAGCCAAACUAUUAUGUCUCUUAAUAUAAGCAAUUCAUCAUUCAAACAUGCUUUCCGGUAACUUUAAACUUUCGAUGUUAAAAAAAUUUUUUUAAGUAAAUCAAACCUACUCACUUUUUCUCAAAGCUAAUAAUUACCCUAAUUCCAGGUUGUCAUCGCAAAUUUCGCUCAUAUGGGAAUUGUCAAGAUCUUCGUCCGAUUCGCUGACCCAUCACAAGUCGAUAAGGCAAAAAUCGCUUUAGAUAAUCGAUUUUUCGGUGGAAAAACAGUCAAAGCCGAAGCUUAUGAUCAAAUUCUUUUCGAACACGAAGAUUAUUCUGGAUAG